AUGGCCGGUGUCAAAGCUUUCGAACUCCGUACUAAGUCUAAGGACCAAUUGGAACUCCAAUUAGUUGAAUUGAAGAAGGAAUUGGCUUCCUUGAAGGUCCAGAAGUUGACCAGACCAUCUUUGCCAAAGAUCCACACUGUUCGUAAGAACAUUGCCCGUGUCUUGACCAUCAUUAACUUGCAACAGCGUGAAAACGUUGCCGCUUUCUACUCCGGUAAGAAGUACCAGCCAAAGGACUUGAGAGCCAAGAAGACCAGAGCCAUCAGAAGACAGUUGACCAAGUUUGAGAAGUUCCAGACUACCGACAAGGCCAGAAAGCAAGCUAUCGCUUUCCCACAGAGAAAGUUCGCUAUUAAGGCUUAA